AUGGCCAAGCAAAACAAGGUUAACAAGAAACACAUUGGCGGUAGAUCUACUGGAAAUGCCAUCAAGAAAACUAAAUCUGUACAAAAGCCUGUGUCGAAGAGUAAAUUAAAGCACCAAUCAAAAUCUACUAAAGAGAAAAUUAAUAGGUUGAAUGCCAAUAUGGCCGAAUACAACGAAGUCAAGGACUCCUUGAUGAAUAUGGAGAAGCCGGCGCCUGUGAAAUAUGCGCUAGAUGCGAAGGACCUUCAAGCAGAUUUGAAAAAAGAUGAGGAGAUUAAGGCCCAAAAUAAACUCGUCGAAAGCGAUAUAUCGAAACAACUAGAAUUGAUAACCGGAAUGGGGUUAUAG